AUGGGAGGGACGGCUCGGGAGAGCCCGGAGGACUGCCACUUUCUGGAUGCAGAAGCAUCCAAGACACAAAAGAAGACCUGCACCAGAUACCAGAUCUGCGGACUGCUCUUCAGUGUGCUGCUCGUUUCUCUUAUUCUGAUAUUUUUUGGUGUGAAAUAUCUCUGGAACCCAACACCGAGAAAAGUUUACGACAUGGAACACACAUUCUUCAGCCACGGCGAGAAGAAGAAGAUUGUGAUGGAGAUCGAUCCGCUGGCCAGGACGGAGACAUUCAGGAGCGGGAAUGGCAGCGAGGAAAUCCUGGAGAUCCAUGACUUCAAAAACGGAAUAACUGGCAUCUUCUUUGUGGGACUUCAAAAAUGCUUCAUUAAAACUCAGACUAAAGUCCUACCUGAGACGACAGAGGCCAAGAUCCCCGAGCUCGAGGGAGAAGAAAUCACGACCACCUACUUUGAGCAGUCCGUGGUCUGGGUACCUGGGGAAAAGCCCAUUCAGAACAAGGAGUUCUUGAAGAGCUCCAAAAUUUUUGACAUUUGCAGAAAUGUGACCAUCUACUGGAUCCACCCCACGCCAAUAGCAGCUCCUGAGUUGGCCAACCUUGAAGGGGCGGAAGAAGAAGACCCUGAACUGCUUAUAGACAACCAGAGCUGGCUGGACAGGGGGAGUGAACAAGAGGUGGAGAAGGAUGCGCAGCCAGGGCCCAAGCGUCGGGCACGGCAGCUCACUGAGGAGGACCUACCUGUCAACGACUAUUCGGAGAAUGGGCUGGAGUUCCACCCCUUGUGGGAUGAGCGAGGCUACUGCUGUGCCCAGUGCCGCCGUGCCAACCGCUACUGCCGGCGGGGCUGUGCCCUCUAUCCCCACAUCCCCGAUAUGUGGUACCCGCCGCUGUGCUGA